AUGAUGGAAGUGAUUAUGGCGGCGACACAUAUCGUGGUCGAAAAUAAACAAGAACAAUGCCGUGCCUGUUCUCGGUGGCAAGUUCGUUUCGUGUCCCUGUUGAAUCACAAAACCUUAAGAACACUGUGUUUUGAAUCAAAAGCAGUUAAACUUGAUGCAAACACAAGAUUCGUAAUUGUUGGUAGAGUCGAUUGUAUUACUGUGCUAGCUGCCUCUACUCUUUCAGAAUGUUUUACUAUCUCUUUUUGCACAACAGUCAUUUCGAAAUGUGUUCCCUUCUCCUUGGGACACAGGUGGAUAGCUUUUUCUGAUCCCAAGCCUAUCUUCCAUCAUCUCUCGCGAUGUGGAGAUGCUAGCUCAGACGAAUCGGAACCACUGACCUCAACCAUGCUGAACAUGAACAAGGCACGUAUGUAUUGUGAAAUUUUUCCCUCGUUACGAUCAUUCUUAUCGUCAAAGUUAUAA